AACAAGCUAGCUAGCACGCGCCCACACUGUGAUGGAGGAACUAACGUUUCUGUUAAUGAUGCAUGAGGAAUCUAUGACUAAAAGUUCUGAACAGUGGGGACACGUAGAUCACAAUCUACUGCAGAUCCAGGAUGAGUUUCACAGAAUCACAAUGGUGCAUCUUGAACCGAAGUUCAAGUCCAAGCUGGAUGAAUGUACUCCUCGGCUUCUGAACCUCUUCCACUCCAAGGGCAGAAGCAUGGGGUUGAGGUUGCAGGCUAUCCUACUCAAGACUCCAAGCAAUCCUGACAUCAACAUGACCAGAGAUGUUGUCAUUCGAUGUUUGAUGAUGUACCUUGGGGAAUCUACAGAUCAGCUCUUAAAAGAGUACGAUGAUGCUGAUGAAGACAGUGUGUCGCAGGACCUUGCUGUUCAAAACCUGAAGAUCUACAACAUCAAGGCUAACACGUCAGAAGAUCCAGACAACAUCGGUAUCGUGGUGGAGGGCGUGAAAGUUCUAACUGCUCUGGGUAACUUUCCAAGGGCUUGCUCCCUGCUCAUUGGGUUGGUGUAUGCUGUGAAUCUUGCCUAUCCAAAGGAGCUCAGGUACACGUUUGAAGUGUUUCAGAAACUUCUCCUUGGGCCUGAUAGUUCAAAGCUCUCCCCCAAAGUGAACAGCCUCAGGAAUAAGCUACUGGCUCAAGAAAAGGGACCCUUGCUAAUCAAAAGGGAAUUGACAAGUCACUGUUAAAACCGACACACAAGACUUCGUGAAAUGCUUGAGUUUCAGUGAAGUUAGUUAACAUUAGUAUGACGGCGUAUUAAGGCCACAUAAGAAAAAAAAAGCUUGUCACUACAAGAAUAAAGUCGUUAUUUAACAAGAAUAAAGUCGUAGUUUUAAAAA